AUGGACUACAAAGUCAAGGCCGCUGAAAAGUGCUCGGCGACUUAUGCUGCCAUUCCUGAAGAAUGGAGACUUUCUCCCGAGUGCCUGUCACUCCUUCAACAGCCCGUCGAGAAAUGUCGCAAUAAUCUCUUCGAGCCCGACUUUAUACAAUCUUCGGGAAUUUUGUCUCCCAAAGAGCGUGAGAUUACAGAAAACUACGAGGUCUCGCGUUUGCUUGGUGCUCUGGCAGGAGGCACCCUAUCAGCCGUUGAGGUGACUGUCGCGUUUUCGAAACGGGCCGCAAUUGCUCAGCAGUUGAUACUGUUUGAUCAAGCGCUCGAAAGGGCGCGAGAUCUUGAUGCUCUCAGAAGCAGUGGAAAUCUCGCUGGGCCGCUCCAUGGACUGCCAAUCAGCAUCAAGGAUAGCUUCCAGGUAAAGGGUACACAGGCGACCAUCGGCCUCGUUUCAUAUCUAGAUCGCGUGUCAGACGUGAACUCAGUACUGGUUGAUGUUCUCCUCCAGCUUGGGGCGGUUCUUUACUUGAAAACCAAUGUCCCCCAAACGAUGAUGACUGCGGACUCCCACAAUAAUAUCUUUGGCCGUGUUUUGAACCCGUGGAAUACCAUGCUUACAGCGGGAGGUUCCAGUGGCGGAGAGGGCGCACUAGUCGGCUUCCGCGGAUCUCCUCUCGGCGUUGGCACGGAUGUUGGUGGCUCGAUUCGAAUUCCCUCAUUAUGCUGCGGAACAUAUGGCUUCAAGCCAACUGCAGGCCGCAUACCAUAUGGGCAACAGGUUGGAUGCAGCGAUCCAGGGCUUCGCAUGAUUCUUGCCGCAGCUGGCCCAAUAGCAAAUGACAUUGAUGCAUUGGAGAUAUUCGUAAAGGCGGUUGUCAACGCAAGACCCGCCCUUCUGGAUCACACAGCUAUCGAUGUUCCUUGGAAAGAGAUGAAGCUAGCCACGGAUCACAAGCUGCGGCUGGGAUUGUUGGCCGAGGAUCCGCUGUACCCUCUCCAUCCUCCUGUCCAAGCGGCGCUGGACAAGGCUGUCAACAUAUUGAGGGAACACGGCCAUAAGAUUAUCGAGAUAACGCCCGUAGAAGGGCAUGUAGCUGAUUCGGCAGAGGUGGCCUGGAAUCUCUGGGGAUUAGAUGCCACAGCAGAUGAAAUUGUCAAGGCCGGGGGCGAGCCUGCAGUGCCGUCACGUCUGAGUCUGGCGCGAGAUGCCGCGGCCACUAACUGGAGUUUUGUGCCAGAUCUGAGCCAGCUACCAGCACUCAAGAAGCUGUCAUUCCUAAACAUCAAGAGGUCCGAGAUCGCGGCAAACUGGAACCGCACCUGGAGAGUGCACAAUCUCGACGCUGUCAUUGGGCCGCCGGCGCAACACACGGCCGUCGAGCACGACAACUAUGGAAUACCAGCGUACACGGUUCUGCUAAACUUACUAGAUUAUCCAGCUUGUGUUCUCCCCUUCAGCCACGCCUCGAGCUCCACGACACCGAGGAGCUUUGAGAAGAAACCGGGCCAAGCAGGGCCGCCAUAUCACCCAUCUGUUGUCGAAGGAGCGCCGUGUUCCAUCCAGAUAUUCACGCGGAAAAUGUGCGACGAACAAUGUCUUGCGGUUGCGGCUAUCAUCGACAAGGCGCUAAACCUGUGA